AUGGCACCUUCACCUCAAUUUAUAGUCGGAUCGCCCAUCAAUAGGGGACAAGGAUCUGGUAGCAGCAAUAGUGGCAACUUUUUCACCCGCUUCCUUCGCGAUGAGAUCUUUGCACCAGAAAAACGUCAGGGUAACUUAGACAUUAUAGUCUCGGUCGGCGUAUUCGCUGCAACCAUUGCAUUUUUGCAAAAUUACCCCGAUCUAGUAUAA